CUCAACAUCCUGAUAACCCAUUCUCAACCUCAUUCCUCUCUUCUUCACUAUUCUCUCUCUCCUUACAGAUCCAUUCCCCAGCAGCACUUCCCCAGAGCACAUUCACAUCCUUCUUCUUCUUUCGUCAUCACUGAGCCAUCAUUAUUGAGAACCCACUUUCUGUAGCCAUGCCGGAAGCACCAAAAGACUCAUUUGCCUUCACACCAAAGGCAUUCAAUCAGCAUAGUGAAGCGCUGCAAUACAUUGAGGAUGUAACCAACAAUGCCAAUCAGGUCCAGGCGAGGGUGCUUGGCGAGAUCUUGUCGCAUAAUGCGCAAGUUGAGUACUUGCGGCGGUGUGGCCUGGACGGCCGCACCGCCGACAGGCAGAAUUUCAAGAAUCUCUUGCCGGUGAUCAGCUACGAAGACAUAAAGCCAGAUAUAGAUCGAAUUGCGAAUGGUGAUAAAUCUCCGAUCCUCUCAUCCUACCCCAUAUCAGAAUUCCUUACAAGUUCUGGAACAUCAGGAGGAGAAAGAAAGCUGAUGCCCACCAUAGAGCAAGAGUUGGAAAGGAGGUCCUUGCUCUACAGCCUGCUCAUGCCUGUCAUGGACCAGUUUGUUCCUGGCCUUGACAAGGGCAAAGGAAUGUACUUCCUGUUUGUGAAGUCUGAAGCCAAGACACCAGGAGGCCUAGUAGCCAGGCCUGUGCUCACCAGCUACUACAAGAGCAAGCACUUCACCGAGAGGCCCUUUGAUCCAUACACCAACUAUACUAGCCCGGAUGAAACUAUCCUCUGCCCGGACCCCUUCCAGAGCAUGUACUCCCAGCUUCUCUGUGGCCUCAUCCAGCACAAAGAGGUUCUGCGUGUCGGGGCCGUUUUCGCUUCUGGGUUUAUCCGAGCUAUCAAAUUUCUUGAACACAACUGGACAGAGCUUGCUCGUGACAUCCGAAACGGCCAUCUCAAUUCUCGGAUCACUGACCUCUCUGUCAGGGAGGCUGUGACUAAAAUCCUCAAACCAGACCCUGAGCUUGCCGAACUGAUAGAAGGGGAAUGCAUGAAGAACUCAUGGCAAGGGAUCAUUCCCAGGCUGUGGCCUAACACUAAGUAUAUUGAUAUUAUAGUGACAGGUACCAUGGCACAGUACAUACCAACACUUGAUUUCUAUUGCAAUCGACUGCCACUUGUGUGCACUAUGUAUGCAUCUUCCGAGUGUUAUUUCGGCCUAAACCUUAACCCUUUGUCUGAUCCCAAGGAUGUGUGUUAUACCCUAAUUCCAACCAUGGCCUACUUCGAGUUCCUUCCUGUUCAUAGGAACAAUGGUGUCACAGAUCCCCAUGUCAUCUCCAAAACGCAGUGGGAGAAAGAAGAGAAGGAGCUUGUGGAACUUGUUGAUGUGAAGCUUGGCCAUGAGUAUGAACUUGUGGUCACCACAUUUGCAGGAUUGUAUCGCUACAGAGUUGGUGAUGUGCUUAGAGUUGCCGGAUUCAAGAACAAAGCGCCCCAAUUUCAGUUCAUCUGCCGAAAAAAUGUGGCUCUCAGCAUCGACUCCGAUAAGACGGACGAGGUCGAGCUCCAAAAUGCGGUGAAGAAUGCCAUACACCACCUGGAGCCAUUUGGAGCCACUCUGGUUGACUACACCAGCCAUGCAAACACUAGCACCAUACCAGGCCACUAUGUCCUAUUCUGGGAGCUAAAAAAUGGUGCAACUCCAGUGCCGCCCAGUGUCUUCGAGGACUGCUGCCUCACCAUAGAGGAGUCCCUCAACAGUGUCUACCGGCAAGGGCGAGCUGCCGAUAAAUCGAUCGGGCCGCUGGAGAUCAAGGUGGUCGAGGCCGGAACUUUCGACAAACUGAUGGACUAUGCCUUGACCAAUGGGUCCUCAAUCAACCAGUAUAAGACUCCAAGGUGUGUCAAGUUCACACCCAUAAUUGAGUUACUCAAUUCCACUGCCCUGUCUAGCUACUGUAGUCCUAAGUGCCCGAAAUGGGCACCUGGGCACAAGAAAUGGGGCACUCAUAAUUAGCUCUGGUUCUUCCUUUCCAUUCAGGAACUAGCCUAGCCCCCUUCUUUUGACCACUAUUUUCUAGUUAGAAUUUGGAAUUCCGAAGUCCGUCUUUAGUCGUCCUGUUGGUACGUGUUAUGUUUAAGUCUUACUGAAGAAAUUCCCCCCAUGUAAAAAGCAGUUCGCAUGUUAAAGAC